AGUAUUGAGGGAUUUAAAUCUUCUUGGCUCUAAUCCCAAUCUAAAACUAAAAUCUUAAGCCGCUUAAGAUGCUAGGCAGUACUGGAUGAAGACUUUCGUGCUAUGGCUUAAUUGAACAUACCCUGGCAUAAGUGACACAAAGCGACCGCCCAAUGGUCCUUGCACAUUUUAUCGCCGUAGCGCUUUUCCAACAGUCACAUCUAGGCGUGUAUCAAGGACAAUAAUGAUUUUGAUUGCGCGAAUACUAGAACAUGAAGAUUUUACUAUUUAUAUAUCCGGGCAAUAAGUUUUACGGCCCGGACAUGGGCUGGGAAUUUGUAUAAGGUCACUUAGAUGCUUGCGAUUGUCCUAACGUAUUCAUAUUGUUAGGACAGACCAGGUCUUGGUCCUUAUACCAAACGCACUGCCUUGGUUAUAUUGAGCAGUGAGAGCUCUUUACAGUUUGACGACCUUUCUUUUGCAACCCGAAGGGCUCUCUCUGUCUCUCACUCUUAUCACUUAUGUUCUUACCUCGUACGGUGACGCUGCUCGCAGCAGUGUUACUGGGUUUAUUCAUUCCUUCUUCCUCGGGCUGGACGUUCGCUUUCGACCAAACUUGCUAUGAAAAAGCCGACUUAGGCAGGAUAAGAGCAUCAAUGACUGAGGCAUACAAGAGUGCUGCUCUGGCUCGUUAUUAUUUGACUUUAACGUCCGGAGUCCCCCCUGGCAUGGCACAACCCCUCAAAAGCAUCUUCAAAGUCGAACCUACUGAUCCCGAAUAUGCGAACGUCCUUGAAAGGGUGGUACAGGUCUUGGGAGUGAUCCUAGAGUUUGAUCAAAUGACGGAGUCGAAUAUCGCAGCAAACUUACUGAUUCAUUGCGACAAUGGAGCAAACUGGGAACCCAUGUCCGAACGACUAAAGCCACUAAUCGGCUGGGACCGGAUCCCGGCGGAUCGGGCCUGGAUGAGCAUGAAGAGCGGGUUGAUCUUCCAUGGCCAUCAGCCGUGCCAUAGCCCGGUUGUUAACACUGCCGUAUACGCUUCUAUCCGCAACCCAUGGCUGGCUACACCAGACUUCCGGCGAUCCAUCACAUUAUGCCAGGGGCCGCUUGACAGAUCUCCUCGCAGAAUAAAGGACACGCUGAAUCAAGUCUCCGAUAGACAGUCAUUACACAGAUUCGUGGCACCAGAUCGAUCAUACCCCGUCCUAAGCUACCUGUUACUCCGUGAGAUGAUACGUGCGGCAAACGACAAAAUCAAAAGCUACCCAUAUACCUGGCGUAACAUUCUAGCCCUCGACACCAAGGGCGCGACGGAAAAUGCGGCCAGUUACGCAAUGUUGGCCUCCUUCGCGCUGCUUUAUAACCUGGGACAAGUACUGGGUCAUUCCGAGUCCGAUAUAAAAAUUGGUAAGAUGGUGGCUAGGACCUGAGCGGAGUGAAUCAUGUAUCUGCUAUGAGUGUAUCAGAAGGCUGUAUAUAUCCAAC